AUGAUGUAAUGGGCGCCACAGACUUACUGCGAGUGAGAGUCAGCUUGCAGAGAACUUCUCAUAAUGUUUGGUUUUCCGGAUGGAAUGUCCACAUCACCGGGAAAACAGCCUUUUCCAGGGAUUUUAAAGACGGAAAAAGAACGACUUCUUUGUGCAGACUCAAGCUCUCAUUGAAAAGAGAAAGGAUACUGCAAAAUCUAGAGGAAAAUGAACAAGCAAUAUCAACUGUAAAAGAGGAUUUAACUAAGCUGAAGGAUCUUACCACAUUUAAUUGAUGUGGAAGAACAGAAGUGUACAAUCAAGGAUUUGACUAUCCCCAUCGUUCAUAUUGAGAAGGGGUUCCAUCCACUGAUCAACCUAGUGUAAAGGAACAGCUCACAUUUCCGCAACUGCAGAGCUGCUCAACCACGUUUCCAUGACUGCCCCAAGCCUGUUAACAGAGGUGGAGGUGCUGAGGAAGAGGGUGGAGGAAAUGGAAGGGAAGGACGAGGAACUGAUACGGAUGGCAGACCAGUGUCGGGACCUUGACCGCAGACUAACAAACGAGACCAGGCACUGUCGCGGCUUAAAGUUUGAGGUGGAUAAGCUCAAUGGCAGAAUCUGUGAAAUGGAGAGGAUGGAGGAAGCUUUGGGCAAAAGCAAACAGGACUGUAGUAUUCUGAAGAGCAACUUGGAGAAAGAGAGAGAGUACAGCAAGAUGAUGUCUGGGGAGCUUGAUGCACUGAGAAUUAGGCUGAGAGAGCUGGAGGCUGUUGAGGGUCGGCUAGAAACAAGUGAAAUGAUUGUUAGACAAGACCUGGGCAAGCUCCGAGCGCUGACUGCGGCUCUGGUGGAGGACAGAAAGAGUAUGGCAGAGAAGCUCCGACAGGCAGAGGAAAAAGUGAGCAAGAAAGAGAGCAAGAAAAAUGAGCAAGGUAAUUUGGCAAUGAUGACAGAAAGGCUGAGAGAGGAAAGGCAGCUGGCACUAAGAUCUAAGGCAGAUUUAGAAGAGAAGAUUAAGGACAUUAUAAAGGAAAAGGAUGAGCUCAGAGACAGACUAAAAACAGAGGAGGAGAGGAACAGGGAGCUGCAGAGUAAAAUAACCACAAUGAAAAAAAAGUUAAACCUCUUUGAGAACAGGAAGGAAAAAGCAGAGAAGUACACAAGCAACACCACCCAUUUGUGCCAAACAGAAGACAACAAAGUUAAAGAGCUGACUAAAGAGCUUGAUGAGCUGCAGAAGAGACUCCAGAACAAGGAGGUAUUGGAGACAGAACUGAUGAAAGUGGAAGAAGACUUAGAGGCCCUAGAAAGGAGGUUGAAUGAUGAAAAGAGAAGGUCACAAGUUUUAACAGAAGAGCUAGAGGAGGCAAAGAAGGAGCUUUCUAGUUACAAGCAUGGAGAAAAAGAAGAGGUCAACAAGGAGCAUCUUCUUCUUUGCCAUCUUCAAAAAGAGCAAGUCAAAUCCAGACUCCUAACCAGAGAAAUAGAUACCCUGAAGGAGAAACUCCAGCAGCUGAUGGGAACGGAGGAGUCAAUCUGCAAGGUUCAGAUGGAUCAGUCAACACUGCAGAAAAAACUGAGCCAGCAGGAAGCCAAGAACAAAGAGCUGGCCCAGCAGAUCGAGAAAUUGACAAGAGAGCUCAACGGUUAUAGACAAAUGAAGAACUGGAUGCCUGGAACCAAUAACCAGUUCUCAGAUCUUCAUCAGACCACCAAAGAAGUGCAAACUGAUUCUGGAGAAAGCCUUAUUCCAACUCGCAACAUGCACAUCGAGAGAUUAAGUGAGGUAAACACCGACAAGCAUCUAAACCCAAAUACUGACGUAACAAAUAGAGAAAGCACUCUUGUCAGCAGCAUCAACAACUUCAACACUGCAAAUAACAGCAUGAACAGCCAUGCAGAAGUGGAUAUGCAGCCAACAGUUAACGGAGAGGUGAUGAUGCUGACGCACACACCAGGGCAGCCCUUACAAAUUAAAGUUACACCACAUCACAUGAUCAGCACAGCCACGCUUGAGAUUACCAGCCCUUCUGGAGACACCAGCACUGCCACUAUCCCAACGAGUGGGACCUCUCCAAAGCAGAGAAUUACCAUCAUUCAGAGCUCGAGUUCACCUGUGGCUAAUCCUAAGAGUCCAUCUUCAAGUCCUGACCGAACCCUUUCCCCAGUCAAUGGAACACCCAUCUCUCGAGUGCUCAGUCCAAAAUCAUCCCGCUCUGCAACACCUGACAACAACUCACCCAUUCAGAUCGUCACGGUCAGGACAUGUUCUCCUGAGCCAACAGAAGAUGCAAAUCCAGCUGUCUUCUGCAAGACUCCUGAGAGGUCCAACAGCUGGCAGCGUCAAAUGUCCAACAGCAGUGAUACAAGUCCCAGUAUCAUUACAACGGAGGAUAGCAAGAUCCACAUCCACCUGGGGAGUCCAUACAUCCACCCUCUCAAUGGUAUGGGCCAAAGUAUCCCACCACCUGUUGGGCCGUACUACCUCCGCCAUGAGCAAAGGACCCAAGUAAUUGCCAAUGGAUGUCACGUGAAAGGUGUUGGCAAGAUCACAAGCAGCAUCACCAUCUCCCCUGCUAAUGCUCAUGCCUCACACUCAAACAUCACCGUUAGUGGUCUUUAUGAUUAGGAGCAAAGAUGUAAUUUAACACCUAAGUAAUAAGUAUUUGUUUAUUCUCAUAUAACCUUCAGAGUCUCCCAGCAGUGCCUUUGUUAAACCAAUUUACUGCUUCUUAUAACCCUUGAAAUUAUCUUAAUUGCUACUUGUACAACUGUCACUAACUAAAUAUGUAAUGCAUUUAUUGUAAUUCUUUGCUUCUUUAACCAUUAUUUUCUGGCAAAUUAAACUUUUUUUUCCCCCCAU